GAAAAGUUAAAUUCACUAAGUCAACUUGAACCUAAUUCGAAAUGCAUUGAGUGUGGUAAGAAACCAGCUAGAUGGGCUUCUUAUUCUUUAGGAAUCUUUCUUUGUAUUAGAUGUUCAGGCUUUCAUAGAGGUUUAGGUACUCAUCUUUCGAAGGUUAGGUCUUUAGAUCUG